AUGUCGGCUAGCGAUAGCGACAACGAAGAUGACCGACGUCCGGCGCAUAAUUUAAUUGAUGAUAAUAAGGGCCUACAUCCGUUGUUUUGGGACGCGCUGCCGGAGGACGCAGAAGAAGACCCUGCCUUUGCUGCGCUGAAAGCUCUUGAUGAGGACUUAUCGCCGGAGGAAAGAGCCGAAAACUACAAGACGCAAGGCAACAACAAGCUGCGUCUGGCGCUGUCCGAUAAAGCCGACACGGCUGCCCGCCGAACGUUGCUGCGGGAGGCUGUCCAGUGCUAUGGCAAUGGCCUGGCGGCUAAUGUAUCCAACCCGCGCCUCAACUCGAUUCUCUACGCGAACAGAGCUCACGUUGAGCUGAUGCUAGGGAAUUUCCGCAAAGCCCUGGAUGACAGCCUGGCCGCGAAGAAGCUGGAUCCAGGGAACCUUAAGGCCCUCUUCCGGGGCGCCAAAGCCGCCCUGAAGCUUGGGCUGUGGGAGCAGUGCCUGCAGCUUUGUGAGGAGGGCCUUAGGCACGUCCCCACCAACACCGGUGUCCCACCACCAUUGCACCCGCAGGAGGCGAGCUCCAAAUUGGAGGAGCGGCGGCAGCGGGAGGAGCGCAUCGCGGCACAGGCGGAGGCGGAGGCCGCGCCCGCACGUGCCCUGGCUGAAGCGCUGAUGACACGAGGACAUAAAAUGACUCGGCCGCAGGUCAGUUUGGGCUCCCGCACCAAGGCCACACUCAACCCCGACGGCUCGCUGACGUGGCCUGUGCUGCUGAUGUAUCCGGAGAGCGGUCAGCAGGACGUGGUGGAGGCGUUUGGGGAGGAGGACACCUUCGACGAACACCUGGACCUUAUGUUCGGCCCAGAUGCUCCGCCCCUGGAGUGGGACGAGGCGGGUGCCUACUCCCGAGAUCGCAUCGAGCUGUACUACCUCGCCCAUGCUGGCAAGCCGCUCAACAUGGACCAGCUGGUUCAGGCGAUGCAGGGCCACUGGCCGCAGGGCCUGGAUGACGCCGGCGAUGGCGGUCCCGAGCGAUAUGGCAGUCGAGCUGCGCGCAUGCGCCGAGUCAACCCGCGUCACACGCUGCGCCAGGUGCUGUGUGCCCAGGAUCACGUGGUGGCGGGUGUUCCUCUGUUUCUGGUGGUCGCAAGGGGGACGGCGUACCGGGAGAAGUUUCUGGAGUGCGGCCGGUGAUGUCCCCUGGGGGAAGGGAGUGCGUGUGUGUUUGUGUUUGUGUGUGUGUGUGUAGUGAUCUGAGCUUAGAUGUGGGCAUGCGUUACAUGGUGUGGCCUGGAGUGGUGUGGUGGGAGAGGAGGUGUGUAGUGAGGGCCUUGAGGUAAGGUUAGAUAGUGAAGUGUGAGAGGGGUGCCAGGAAAGGGUGAGAUGUGGAGGAUUGGGGUUGAAGUCUCCACGCCAUCGAGAUAUAUGGAUGUAUGUAUGAAAGGAUGUAUGUAUCGAGGGAUGGCCCUAUUCCAUACAUCCGACGGGUCAAAUGGUCGGUAACCGGACCCAAUCGGUCCGUAGAGUGGGGCCUAGGUAGGGUUACCGAGGAGUUACCGGCCUUUACCCGACCGGUGGGUGACCCUACCGAUAGGCUACUUUACCAACCGGUUACCGGCCGUGACAAAACUCGGUUGGCCGUAAUGGAAUGUAAUGGAAAGUGCCUAACCAUGCAUAAGAAUUGCAGAAAUUCGCAUCCUGAAGAAAGCAACUAGAAAUGUAAAGGUUGGAUUUUAUAG